CCACGAAAGGAUCCCUUCUUGUUCCGAAGUUCAUUUGAAAACAGUGCUGGAAAAACCCCGAACCGUUGGUGAUGGGAUGCUGCUUGGAUAUUAAAUUUCACGGGUACUUCAUCGGUGUGCUGGCCGGUCUGCUGGAACUGAUCUCGCUCAGUAUUUCGGCCUACACGCAGCUGCUGGAUGACGACGAUCCGAAUCAUUCCGAGUUGCCGAAAGAUUUGCUGGAUUUGGUAAGCUGCUCGAUCGUGGACUACAUCGGCGAUAUACUGAUCCUCAUAGCCGUUGGAAUGUUGAUUUACGGAAUCUACAAGGAAAAUCGAUACUUCAUAAUUCCAUUCACGUUCGCCAUCUGCUUCGACUGGGUGUCCUAUCUGGUGCACAACAUCGACCGCGGAAUGCCCUACCACGUGUGGAUGCUGACCACGGCUUUCUUCGUUUACGUCUUUGUGGCAAUGCUCAGCCUGUUUAUACUGUUCGGAACGAAAAUCAAAACCACCAAAACCACACAGUUUGUCAAGUUUCACAGUCAGUUGGUGUGAUCCAUUGGAUAAUCGGUACCAAAGUUUAUCAACCAGUGCUAGUUCUAAGUCUUCUGUCAUUAUAAGCCAAAUUGUAUGUAAUUAAUUUAUUUUCAUUAAAGUAAGUGUUGAAUGAUCGGUAGUUUUUGGUUUUAUUUGUA